CAAAAAUCAAUUUAUAAUAAUUACGAUUAAAACCAGUUCCUCUCUCUCUCUCUUCAUUUCUUUUUUCUGUUUUUAUUUUUCCUUUCCUUUUUCUGCUCCUAUUUUCCGGUAAGUUUUCCCGGGAUUUUUCGCUGCUUGCAUACAUAUAUUGUGUAUAUACACACACGUAUUCACCUCGAAAUUUUUUUGUUUUGAAAGUUUUUAUAUCAAAAACUGAUAAUUAUAUAUAUAUAUAUAUAUAUAUAAAAAAGACAAAGAUCGAUAUGGGUUUUGGAUUGAAAGUUUUGUUUUGCUAUCCAAACCAAUAAUGGAUGCAACGUUUGGAUAAUAAAUAAGUUUCUGCAAAUGGGUUUUGCUUUAAAUCGGCUGAGACGACGCUAUAGUUGUUGAGAAUAGAGAUUUUUUGUUCGCUGGGAUUCUUUUCUUUUGAAAGUAGAAGAGAAAAUGGGUGAAGCUAAUGAAGGAAAUAGAAGCAGAGGAGGAGGUAGUGGUAGUGGUAGUGGUAGUGGUGGUGGUAGUGGUAGGGAAAUGGAGAACCUUUCUCUGCAAAUAGAGAAAUACCCAAGAGAUCUGUUGCAUAGAUUGAUGAGUAGCAGCAACGCGCAGCAACAAUCCCAAAACGCAGCGUUUGAUGCUGUAGAAGGAGAAGGAGAAGGUGAAGGAGAAGACGACGAAGAUUCAGAAGAGCUUGAGUUGAAUCUGGGGUUGUCGUUAGGAGGUCGAUUUGGGGUUGAUAAGAAUGCGAAUAAGAAGAGCAAGCUUAUCCGAUCUUCUUCGAUAAUCGGAACCAUGCCGCUCGUCAGGGGCAAUAACAACGACGAAACGACGACGUUUUCCCCGCCCGUGUCGUACCCAAAUCUGAUACGAACAUCUUCACUUCCGACGGAAACCGAGGAGGAAUGGAGGAAGAGGAAAGAGUUGCAGACCUUGAGACGAAUGGCGGCCAAGCGAAGAAGGUCCGAGAAGCAGAGGAACUCGGCCAAGGCCGACAGAGAAGCAGGGUCUUCUCUCGAAGAGGAGAAGCGUGAUAUUACGACGGCGUUUAGCUCGUCGGUUGGCCCACCUUUUGGGUUUCCCACUUGGGCCGUGGCCGCUAGACAGGCCCUGCUCGGCGCCGGAGCCGAUUUAGUAAUAGCGAAAAGUAAGGCUAGUGCUGGUAUUCAAAAUACUUCUCAAGGUUCUGUGGAGUCUCAUGGUGGAAGCUCAUCUGGGAUGUCGGAAUUGGAGAGUAAAGCCAUUCAAGGUUCCAGCAGUGGUGGUGAAGCAAGCCCUGCUGGCCAAUCCAGCAAUCAGUUGUCUCAAGAACGAAACCAAGAGAACACUGGGCCAUCGGGGACAAAGGCGAUUGAAAGUAAAUGUGCCACUUCUGGAUCCAAGACUGAAAAUCCAUCUAAAAAUCCUAGUGCCGGAGGAAGCAAGGGGAGGGAAAUUGGGAUGAAUGCUAUGGAAGAUAUGCCUUGUGUGUUUACAAAAGGAGAUGGUCCCAAUGGCAGACGAAUAGAUGGGAUCCUCUAUAGAUAUGGGAAAGGAGAAGAUGUGAGGAUAAUGUGUGUGUGCCAUGGCAAGUUUCUCUCCCCAGCAGAGUUUGUCAAGCAUGCUGGUGGUGGCGAUGUGGCUCAUCCACUCAAGCAUAUAGUUAUAAACCCUUCCUCUACUUCCUUUUUGUAGCACUAUAUCAUAUCCCUUUCAAACCUGGGGAUUCAAGUUUGUGAAAUAGACAACAAAGAAAAAAUAUAUAUUUUUUUUUAGCC